AUGACAUCAAACGUAGUGCAUAACCUCAUUGAGAGGUUGCUUACGGUGAAGGGAAGCAACACGCAGCGGCAGAUCCUCAUCCGUGAGGAGGACAUACGCAGCGUUCUUAAUUCUGUCCGCGACGUGUUUAUGUCGCAGCCAAUGCUGCUGGAAAUCAGGGCUCCGGUGCGCAUCUGCGGCGACACCCACGGGCAGUACUACGACCUGAUGCGCAUAUUUGAGAAGUGUGGGUUUCCGCCGUACUCGAACUACCUGUUCCUUGGCGACUAUGUGGAUCGCGGCAAGCACAGCGUGGAGACCAUCACCCUCCUGUACUGCUACAAGAUUGUGUACCCGGAAAACUUCUUUUUGCUGCGCGGCAACCACGAAUGCGCCAGCAUCAACAAGAUGUACGGCUUCUUCGACGACGUGAAGCGCCGGUACAACAUCAAGCUGUUCAAGGCCUUCACGGAUGUGUUCAACACGAUGCCCGUGUGCUGCGUUGUGAGCGAGAAGAUCAUCUGCAUGCACGGCGGACUGAGUCCUGACAUGACCUCGCUUGCCACCGUGAACGAAAUAGAGCGUCCGUGUGAUGUGCCGGACAAGGGCAUCCUGUGCGACCUUCUCUGGGCUGACCCUGAGGACGAGGUGAGGGGCUUCCUGGAGAGCGACCGGGGCGUGAGCUACCUGUUCGGCGAGGACAUUGUGAGCGACUUCCUAGACAUGGUGGACAUGGACCUGGUGGUGCGUGCGCACCAGGUGAUGGAGCGUGGGUACGGGUUCUUUGCCAACCGGCAGCUAGUGACGAUUUUUUCGGCUCCGAAUUACUGCGGCGAGUUCGACAAUGACGCGGCCGUGAUGAAUGUAGAUGAAAAGCUGCAGUGCUCAUUCCUCAUUGUUCCGGCAAACAGUUAG